UGCUACCAGCUACCAAUAUUUCGCUCCAAUCCCGAUAAUCAGGAACCAGACGGAAUGAGUUCAAGCCUUGUCCGUUUCCAUACCAUCGCUAGAUUAGUAGUCCUCGGACUGAAGCUGGCGACUGGAUCUUGGUCAUACGAUGUCGUCGCACAAGUCUGACGGUGGCCGAAUACCCCGGCUGAAGGAUGUCGCUUCUAAACCCCGAAAUGUAUCGUCGACCGGGAUGGCUUCAGCGCGUUCCUCGAACUCUGCUGCCCAAUUAUUGCACCGUCCCCGGAUACCAAGGCCGAACAAUGGACCAUCCAGGAAUACCAGAACACCAUCUCUAUCCGAUGCAGAAGAUAGUCGCCAUGCCUCUGCAUCCUCGAAGACGUCGAGAAUUCCGACUGGUCUCAUGGCUCGUCCGCCCUCAUCCUCUCAAGGGACGAUCCACUCAUCUUCGCCGCAUUUGACCCCGGACCCGAAGGCAGAUCGUCGUGUAUCAUUGGCAUCCCACAUGGCUGCUGAACCCCUGAGUCACUCCGGAACUGAACCACAGACCCCAAGUCAAGGUCGACUGCGGAAUGUUCUGCGAAGGAGAGCGCCCACAAUUGGCCAGCAUAGUGCACAAAUUAAGCCCAUGCCGGAUAGAAUCAGGUCUCAGAAGCUGAAUGUUAUAAUUCCAGAGCAAUCUUCCAUUGGUCGUCCAGCGACUACUCUAUCUCGGUCCCCGCCAGGUAAUGCUAGUCUGAUCGGACAACUUUCAUCACCAAUGACCUCGCCGGAGAUUUCUUUGAGCAGCGUAUCGAAUAUCACAGCUCACGAUGUCCCAAAGGAGUUCGCCAGUCUUAGGACCACCACGAUCAACACACAGAACCUCCCACCCCCAACCCCAAUCAUCCCUUCUGCCAGCAGCCCAUCGACGAGAUACUCUGAGUCUCCCGGCAUGUGGAGUAGGACAUCCACACCUACUACCUUGUCUUCGUACUCACCAGGGAUCUCGAUCGCUCCUAAGGGUCCUCGUAUAAGACAGCCAAGUCCAACUCAAAGCAGGCUCCCUGUCUUCUCUCCCCAGCAACACCAGCCGAGCUCAUCCGCAGGAAAGCCUGCACGAAGCGCUAUAGAUGAAUCGGAACCACGCCCCAGAGCAAGCCGGGGCGAUUUACAUGGUGAUAGCUACCGUGAAGAGUCUGGGACGAGAAUGGUUAAUGCGCCGAACGUGGCUGGAAGUAGCCUGCCACGAAAGUUACCCACUUGGACAAAACCGAUCCUCUUCAGUGAGAAGCAGCCAUGCCACGAUAUGCAGCCGGACUCUGGAGCAGCACAGAAACCCAAAUCUGUUUUUCGUGAGGAGAGAGCGGACGGGAUGAAGAUUUCUGUCCAUAUUCCCACACGACCCAGCAGGGAAGGGACCCAUCAGUUGGUGCUGGAGCCCUCACCGAUCAUUCAGAGCAACAUAAUGCCUACAGCUUUGACAGGACAUAGACGUCGGAUUUCAGGCGAUCGGAAUGCAGUACCUGAGGGAGCGACACAUUCAAACUUGUCUGCAGCCACGUCUGUGGAUUCUCUGUAUUCUACUUUAUUUGCGCAAGGAACCACCUCACGCAUCCCCACGUCGCCCGAACUCCUAUGGAAAAGCCCCCGAAUCCCGACCAAGGGUCCUAACGCUCAGCACGAAGUUGUCAGUCCAGGCAAAACCCGCACCCUUGGUCUGUUCUCUAGACGAUCUAAACCAGAGAUAGAAAAGGAUAACGAAGGUAGAUAUUUUCGCAAAGGACCAGCUGCCGGAACAGGCCACGAAGGCUACGGCAGGUACUCGCAGCGAGGCCGCAAGAUGAGCACGACUAGCAGUACGACCAGUCGAGCACGAUCGUCAAGCUCAGUAAGAAGUGGACCAAAGCCUGUUUCCAGCAGCAAAGGCAUUCCUGGAAAAGGCCGUCCGGAGUUCGAGCUUGAUGACUUUCUACUGGAGCGUCUUCAACCUGUGAUCAUCCAAGGCGGUGGUAUGGACGGCACUGCUGCUUUGAGAAGGCAGAGCGAACAGAGCACAAGUGAUUUCAGUACAGGCACAAACUCAAUUCUGACACAACAGUCCAAGGUUUCUCCAUCUGCAAGCGGCUCCACGGAGACAUUGCCAUCAUCUAGGGCGACUUCGGUGACACUGAGCGAAUCAGUCUGGAGAGGCUCGGAAGGGCAAAAGACUUCGAGCAUAUUAGCAUUUUCCGAGCCUGCGGAUAUGUCCGUCACCCAACCAGAGCAGACGAGAGUUGUCAAACCGCAGGUGCUUGCUCAGGUCAGUCGGCAAUAUCAGAAACCUCAAGUGCCCGACGAUGAUAGACAGCCCAGAGCUCUUGAGGCACAGAGCCCACAGAAAAAGCCAUCUAAGAGAGGCCUUGGGCUCAAAUGGAAUAUAUUUCACAGAAAACCGGACACAGUUCGAUCACCUGUCGACAUUGACGCCCCUUCUGGCCCAAAGCUUCAUGCUACGGUGUCUCCCGUAGCUGCCCGUAGGCCUCUUCCGUACUAUGCGCUGCUGGACGAUGACUCGGACCCACUUGAAGAGAUAGUCCAUCGUGUUGAGAACUCACCUCCGACCGAGGACGAAGAGACAGAGAUUGCCUCCCCAGUUGAAGUGCCAGCUGCUUUGAAUAUACGAGACGCUACCGAUUCCAUCUUGCUACCUUCACCACCGAAGCUACACGACAAUUUGUUUCGAGAUCAAGCCGAGUCUCCAAAGGUCUAUUUUGACAAGGGCUUUGCUCCUCGGAGCCCCGAAGGUAGAUUGGACGAUCGAGUGGAAGUUAAACGUACCAGUCGCCUCACAUCGAUCGGUCGCAUCCCCCGGGUUGUUUCGAGAAGGGAGCGACCGCACAAGCCGGCUCUGCAGUCAUUCUCGAGACCAUUUAGCGUGGCGGACUCUCCUUCAUUACUCGCUCCAGUUGGCCCGAAGCCUAACGAAUUUUCCCCGUCCAUCUCACAACCACCCACAGUGCAACAGCUCGAAUCCCCGCAAAAGCAGUCUGUUGACGGUUUUGACCUAGCGAACCCAUUUGCCGACCUUUUUCAAUUCAGUGUCCUAGACUUCAUUGCUGGUCCUUAUGCAAAGGAUGAGUUUAUGACGUUUGCACCCAGGAAGGAAUCGGUAGUAUCUACUUCAAGUGGCUCCGAGAGCCUUGCUGCAAUCACAGCCGUGGUUCCAAGCCCCGGGGCAGAUUUGAUGGAAGAUGAAGUAUGGGGGGAGUACGAUGACCUCAUUGAUCAUGUUCUGUCGCCCCAGACAACAAGUACGUUGUUUUCAAUUGGCUCAGAGUCGGAUCGGAACCUCGAGAUGGCGACAAUGGCUAGCAAAACGCUCCAAGCGGAGCUGACUAGUGAUCAGAUGAAGCCCCCGGCUGGUUCGGUUGAUGGGCCAAAAGUCGAGCUUACGCCUUCCUCUCCAGUGUCGACUAAUGGCUCUGUCCGACUCCGCAGGUCCAAUGUUCCUGCCGAAUCUCGCACGUCAAUUGCCCCGUCCUCCCAGCCUUCCUUCAGUAGCAUAAUCGCUUGUUAUUGUGAUAACCGCGAUGAAAACAAGGAAUUGACCGAGCAAGGACCCGACAGCGUGAUGCCAUUGCCCCUUGCGGAGCACCCGUCAGGCCUGCUUGGCUCCACAGCAUUAGUUGCAUCUCUCAGUUUCGAAGAAUGCCGUCAGCGCAACACUGCCUUAUUCGACAUAGCGGAACGUGAUCGUGAAGGGCCAACUGCUCUCACGAACAUCAGGUCCGGCUCGCUCAUGACCAGUCGCUGGUUAUCAUUCGGGAGGGUUCUAUUUAGUCCCGGACAUGGCCGUGCCCAAAGCGGAGAUCAGGAAAGAAUUUUGGUUGUGGAUGGACUCGGAAACGACGACUGGUCCUUCUACUGUGCCCUGACGUAUCCCGCAGCCAGUGUAUAUAGUCUCAAUGAGGGAGCCAAUACCGCUACGUUCAAGCACCCGGCAGCAUGGCAGCCACCAUCAAAUCACCACACGUUCUACCAGUCGACCCUCAACGACAGAUUGCCUUUCCCCAAAGGAUAUUUUACUGUUGCUGUUCUGCGCUUCCCUGCAGCUUGUGCGGAGAACACGCAAGCCAGACUUGUGUCUGAAUGCAAGCGUGUUCUGCGCGCGGGAGGCUACCUGGAGAUGAGCAUCCUUGACCGUGAUAUGGUGAACAUGGGCAACCGUACACGGAGAGCUUUGAGGACAUUGAAGGAAAGGACAUAUGUGUCCGACCCGAAUAUCAGCCUGAAGCCCACGAGCGACAGCAUACAGAAGCUGCUUGGAAAGUAUGGGUUCGAUAAUCUCCGACGAUGUAUGGUUCGAAUUCCCGUUGCAGGAAUGAUCGUGAGAUCGUCAGCAUCAUCCACCUCCACGUCAUCCUCGGACCCAUUUGUGCUUGCUGCAACAACUGGCCCUUCAGACAGUAUUUCGCCCUUCACAGAGACUUCUGCGACUGUUUACCAAAAGCUUCAUGGGAAGUCAUCUUCCAAUAGCACCGACCUAUCUCUGGGUGACCUUCUAUCUGAUCCAUCCCCAUCACCCACAAACGAUGAAUCGAUCCGCAAGAUAGUCGCCAAGGUAGGCAGGUGGUGGUACACGCGAUGCUACGAGAUCCCCAUCCUCCCGAAUGGCGAUAUAGCUCUCAGCAUCUGGUCGGACCGGAAGGUGAUCCGUGAGUGUCAACAGCGCGGCACGGGCUUUCGCUUGUGGAUUGCAUACGCUCAGAAACCUAGCGAGAAACGCCGCACGGCGAGUGUUUAGUGCAUGUCAGAAUCUCGAAUGAUCAUAUGAAAGACUAACGACAAUUGAUGAUACAUACGAACGUUGAUGAAGGAAAUGAAACAGGUUAUUGUGCCCGCCUGAUGAUCA